UGUGAAGAGGCAACACGUUACCUCAUUUCACUUAAUCUUAACAACCGGCCGAUUCACUUGUGAAACCUUGAAGAGAUUUUGCUUAAAUCGUGCAUGUUCUUAAAACUUUACCUUACAAAUACUAUAAUAAGUUAAUCAAUACCGUAUUAAGUACCUAAAUAAUGCUGUACGACUUGCUUCAGUUAAUAUUUUGAAUCAUAUGUGGAUCCAAUUCGAGUAAUAAUUAGUAAAAGUUAACAAUGUCAGCAGUGACAAUUACAACCACACUCACAAACGGGCACGUGCCCAACGGGAAACUGGAAACGGGAAUAAAUGGCUACAGGAAAAAUGGAUGUAUCAAACCAGAACCGGAAUUCGUCUCGCUCCGUGCGGCGGCACCGUUCAGCACAGACCCCGCGGCGGUGGUGGAACGCGAGCGGUGCCACUACGGACGCAUCCCGCGGGCGGCCGCGCUCGCCGGUGCCGGCGGCCGCCGCGUGCGCGUCUACUCCGACGGAAUAUACGACAUGUUCCACCAGGGCCACGCGCGACAGCUGCAGCAGGCGAAAACUGUCUUCCCAAAUGUUUACCUCAUCGUUGGAGUAUGCAGUGACCAGUUGACACAUAGCCGCAAAGGGCGCACAGUAAUGACAGAAGACGAGAGGUACGAAGCCGUCCGACAUUGCAGAUACGUAGAUGAGGUAGUCUGCGAUGCACCGUGGGAAUACGACGAGGCGUUUUUAGAGAAGCAUAAAAUAGACUUUGUGGCACAUGACGACAUCCCCUACACGACGGAAGACUGCGAGGAUCUAUAUGCCAUGAUCAAAGCUAAAGACAUGUUCGUCGCCACGCAGAGGACAGAAGGGGUCUCAACAUCAGACAUAGUGGCGAGGAUAGUGCGCGACUACGACGUCUAUGUGAGGCGAAAUCUAGCGCGCGGCUACUCAGCCAAGGAGCUCAACGUGUCCUUCCUAAACGAGAAAAAGUUCCGGCUGCAGAACAAGAUGGACGAGCUCAAGGACAAAGGGAAGAAGGUCAUGACGAAUAUCGGCGAGAAACGAGUAGACAUACUGACCAAAUGGGAGGAGAAGUCGCGCGAGCUCAUUGACGCGUUCCUCCUGCUAUUCGGUCCGGAUGGACGGCUGUCCAGUAUCUGGAACGAGUCCAAGGGGCGGCUCAUGCAGGCGCUCAGCCAACCGCCCUCGCCGGGUGCCUCGCCGCCGCCCAGCGAGAACGGGGACUCCCCGCCCGCACACAGAGGGUCAGCGUCGCCACCUCCGCCCAAGUCGCGUCGCUACGAGACGCUUUGGGAACCGCAAGCAGAUGCAUCGGGCUCUGAGCGUGAUGGGGACUCGCAAGAGGCCGCACAACGCCAGCUGACCGACGACGGCUCCGAGGACAGCGACGACGACUACCAGGACACCAGCCCCUACCUUUAGGCAUCCUCGACACAAUGGAACUCAUACAAAGUAUAUUUUUAUACGAUGUACAUCGUCCACGAUUCAUUUUGAAGCGCUCAUUGCAGCUGCAAUAGCCGACGCUCCCCAUUGUGCGUCAGCAAUGUUAAAUUAUUUGUAGUUAAGUUUCGAAAUUCGCAUGAGUGUUGGAGUAAAAAGGAGUGAAUGUAUUUAUCCUAUUAGUUUUAAUUUAUAUCGGAUUAUUUAUGUUUAUAAGUAAUUUUAUCUCUCCAUGAAAUAAAUGUUUGGAGAAUGUCUGCAAUUUGUUAGCACCAUUAUACCAUUGAAGAUAUUAUGUGCAGUAACUGUUGCAUAGAUUAUACUUUCUGACAGUUGAUUAAAAAGGUGCUUAUUAUUUACAUACA